AUGUAUGAUAACGGCAACAAUCGGACCAACGUUCAUUCUUAUUCAUGGAGUAUCCCCCUUUGUUGGGAGUGCGCCCUUGCCAGGACUGGCAUGAUGUAUCUUGUCACGGAGCUCCGUGUCACGGAACUCCGUGUCACGCCGGAUAUGCGGACAAACCACCUCCUUUCGUUCCGCUGUUCACCCAAAUGCCCCUUGACUUUCACAACCAUCAAAUCAGACAGCUACACCCUCCAAUUCAACGCGAUGGGUCGCACUGUUCUUAUCACCGGCUGCUCUGAGGGCGGCAUGGGUGCAGCACUAGCCAAGGAAUUCCAACAACAAGGCGACCGUGUGUUCGCAACCGCACGAAAUGUCUCUAAGAUGGCCUCCCUCAAAGCCAUGGGAAUUGAGACCCUCAUCCUCGAUGUUACAUCCGAGGAUUCAAUUCAGGCCUGCAUAAGCCAGGUCUCUUCCGUCACGGGUGGCUCGCUUGACAUUCUCGUGAACAACGCCGGGAAGGGCUUAUGUAUGCCAGCGAUAGACCUGUCCAUCCAGGAGGCCAAGGAGAUAUUUGACCUAAACUUCUGGGCAAUCCUCCGCAUGUCGCAAGUGUGUCUACCUCUUCUGCAACAGGCUGCGCGGGCGCAUGGCCAUGCUCUACUUGUGAACCAGACCUCCGUCAGCAGCGUGUUGGGUGCCCCGUUUUGGAGUGCAUACAACACUUCAAAGGCAGCUGCCGCCAUGCUCAUUCAAAACAUGAGACUAGAGCUAGCGCCUUUCGGCAUCAAGGUAAUCGAUCUGAAGACUGGGGGAGAGAUCGAGAAGUUUUCGACAGGUGAUAUGAACUCGGCUGGCCAGGAGCCAGGAGUGUGGGCAAAGAACGUUGUCAGCGACUUGAAGAAGCAUAAUCCGUCUAAUAUCAUCUGGCGCGGCAAGUCAUCAACUCAAAUCUGGCUCGCUUCACACCUCCCUACUACAACUUUGGAUUCGACGAUGAAGAAGGUUGCGAGUCUCGACGUCUUGGAAAAAAGGAUUCAUGGAAAGACGUUGCAAUGA